CUAAGAGUAAUGUUUGCUUCCUCUUUAAUCUAUUCAAGGCCGGCUGGCUAUCAGUGAGUGUAGGAUGGAACCAGAACAAGGAUUUAGGCCUCCCAAUCUCGAAUCCAAAGACUUAGAAGAUAUGAUAAAGGAUAAUUAUGGUAUGAAAGUGACGAACAUUAAGAAACUUGACGGCUAUGAUGAUAAGAACUAUUACAUCGAGAUUUUAUCAGAUAUUGAUAAUGAAUACAUCGACUUUGUCUGGCCUCAUGGGUAUGUCCUGAAAAUCAUGAAUUCAAUGGAUUCAAAACAUGAAAACUUUGUAAGAGCUCAGCACGCAUUGAUGGAACAUUUAAGUGAAAACGAAAUUGUUGUGCCACUGCCAGUAAAGAAUGUUAGAGGUGAAUUGUACUCCGUGAUGAAUUUCAAAACCAAGAAUGGAUAUAUUGUACGGUUAAUGACAUUUAUUCCUGGUGCAAUUCUUGUGGAUACAGUACCGUCCUAUGAGGGACUUCGUAAUAUUGGCGAAUUUUUAGGAAGAGUAACACUAUUAAUCAAGGAUUUUCAAAAUGAAGGAUUCGAUAAACGAGACUCGAUUUGGUUCCUUGGUAAUGUCCUUCGUAUAAAAUCAUUUUUAAAUCACAUUGAAGAUCAGAACAAGGUUAAAAUGGUCGAGGAAACAUUAAAAGAAUUUGAAAUGAAUGUUGUUCCAGUUACUAAUAAGCUAAGCAGAGUUCUGAUACAUGGAGACAUGAAUGAAAACAACCUUAUCGUUAAUGGGAACGAGGUAUCUGGUCUUUUGGACUUCGGUGAUACUCACUACUCAGUAUCAAUAAAUGAAUUGGCCAUCUGUAUCUGUUACAUGCUGCUUUAUUCGAAGAAAGUUGAAGCAGGAAAAGCAGUUAUGGAAGGAUACCUUAAAUUCAGAGAGAUUGAAGAGGAAGAAAAAAAAAUAUUAAAGGAAAGGCAGCCAACAACAGGUCGUCUUUAUUCUUCUAUUGGCAGACCUAUAAAUCCUUCAACAGCCAGAACUAAUCUAACGACUGGACUGAGGCUUCCAGAACAAGAAGCAAAGAACUCUCUAGUUAUUAAAGCAAUGAAAGAUAAGAUAGCAUCACAAAAAAGUGGUAUAAAACUAGCAAAUGUUCGCACAGCUACCAGUAGAGGACAGGUCAAUAGAUUUGUCCAAGAUAAGCGUUACUAUAUGGGUACCUUACAUCUUAAAAUAGGUGAAUUGACAGAUGAAAUAGAUAGCUUAAACAACCUUUGUACUGAUGCACUUUCAGAGUAUGGAAAUUCGCUAGUUUAUGAAAAGAAAGUUAAGGAUUUAGCUACAGAAAUAACCAGUAUGCAGGGCAGUCUCAUUGAUCUUAAUCUGGCUGUUGACAAUAUUAAUACAUUUGGAGAUGUCCAAAAGCUUAAUAUUGAGGCAAAGGAAUUGAAGGAAAAUAACGAUUCAGAAGCAGAAAGAAUAGAAGUUAUUUUUUCUGAUAGACUUCGAAAAGAACAGGCUGUACGGCAAAUGGAAAAAAAAUUCACAAAGGAGAAAAAUAGAUAUGAAAAAAUUAUUUCUGAAAUGGGAGUUGAAAUGAGAGAGAAGUAUAGUAGCUUGAAUGAAAGGCUUACCAAGAGUUCGAAAGUUAUAUCAUAUUGGCAGUCAGAAAUAGAUGUUUACAACAAAACAAAAAAUAAUCUGACUGAACAUAUUUAUUAUUCAUUUCCAAUGGCAUAUGAAAUUAUGAAACUUGAAACUAAAUUACUAGAUCUUAAAAGGAAAUGGAAGGGUUUAGCCAAAAGGUCUUCUAGACCAAUUGAUGAAGAAAGACAAAACAUUAUGGAUCAAGUAGUUCAUGAUAAUUCAAAGAUACUGAUUAUGGAGACUGCUAUUCAUGAUACACUGAAGAAAAUUAAGAAUUUAGAAGAAAUAAUUGCUUUCACAAGUGAACCAGAAGAAGGGUAUGAUAAUCGACAUGCAAAAUACGUUGACUUACUUAAAGAAGGAAAGGCUAUUGAAACUUAUUUAUCAGGUUUUGAGGUAACCAAACAAGAAGAGAAACACAAUUUAAAAGUUUUAGAAGAUGAGCUUUAUAGUCUACUCAAUCUACUGAGUACUAAGUUAUCAAAUAUGCCAACGGCAGCAGAUUAUUUGUCAUUGCAGACAAAUAAGUAUGGUGCAGCUGAUCUCUUGAACACAUUUGAAUCUACACGAGCUGAGUAUAAAAAAGUUCAAACAUUUCUUAAAAAGGUAGAAAUAAUGGAAGUCAAAGUCUCAGAAGAAAGUAAAGAUUUUGAUUACAAAUGUGAAAAAAUUAAAGAAAACUUAGAAGAAUAUAAAACUUGUACUAAAUUUAAUGAUAAUAUAAAAAUUAAGGAAGACGAAUUAACUAAUCUCAAGGCUAAACUGCAUCAAGAUAGAGAGAAUGUAAAAGAACAUUUAGAAAAUGCUAAAAACCUCCAUUCUAAACUACAGCUGCAGCUCUAUGAAAAUGAAAAUCACAUACAGAUCAUUUCAAUGGAAAAAAAACUCUCCAAUAUAGCACAAAACGUGUUUUUGAUGAAAGAAAAUAUAGAAGAAAUGAAAUCUAGUUCUAUAAACAUAAUAGAACUUAGAAAAGAAACUUUAAGUUUGUUGCAAUCAUUAAAUAUGUUUCUCAGAAAUAAUAUAAAUCUGUAAAAUUAAUAAAAUAUUGAGUAAUUUAAUAUUUCAAUUAAAGUUAUUACUUGUAUAAGCAUUAACAAUAAGUUUUAUUCCUGUAAAUCCUAUUUUAUAUUUAAAUAACAAUUUUUUAUUUAAAAACAAUAAACUGAUAAGAGCUUUGAUUAAUUUUUAAAAUAAUAACAGAUUUACAUAUUUUACAUAUAUAUAUAUAUAUAUGCAUGAGGAAAAUAUGAGCUAUUAAAUCAAUAAGUUCCAAAAAACAAAAAUUAAUUUGAAAUAAACACAUUGUAAAAAAUUGUAUGACAAAAUUAUAUAUUAUUUCAACUGCUUAUCAUAAUUUUAUCUUACUAUAAGUACUUCUUCAAAUUAAAGUAUUAAUAAAAAUUAAUUUAAAUAAUUAAAAUUUAUAAUAUAGAACAAAAAGUGUAAAUAUUUUAAUAUAAUAAAAAAUCAUAAGAUGGAAAUCAUAAAAUUUAAAAAAUAACAAAUAACAAAAUUAUAAAUUUAUAUAUUGCAGCAGUAUGCAGGUGCUGAUUUAUUAGCACUUAAAUCUAUACAUACGCAGUUACAUAAACCAAAGUACUUCCUUAUAUAUAUAUUACAUUUAAUGUAUUACAGUAAAUAAAUCACAACUUAUUGAUUCCACUGAAAUUCUAUAUAAUAUAGGUUUUCUACUUAAAAACAAUAAUAACAAAUAUAUCUUUUAUUUUAAAAAAAUAAAUAAUAUUUAAUAAACUAGAGUCAUUGUACAAUUAUAAUUCCACUGCUUUCCAGCACAAAUUUAUACAUAAAUAUACAUAUAAAUAUAAAUGUAUUAUUUAUUUAUUUAACAUAAAGCUAUUGCAAGUACUGGAAAAUAGCUGAAACUAAUAUCACAAUACUGAAUUUAAUUUUGGUAUGACAUUUAUAGUGUUUGGUGAAGACAUUACAGUGUUCUCAUUAAGAACAUAAUUAAAAUGCAUGACUUAAUGAAUGUUACUAGGUGUACUGGAUGGAUGAAACAAUAAUUCCAAAUUUAGUAUCUACAUACAAUUUAAUUUAAGAAUGUCAACUGUCACUAAUAGUUUCAAUACUCAAGAAAAAUUGUAUGAAAUCUACUGUUCCUCUGAAACCUAUUUAAAAAUAAAACCAACUUGAACAAAAAAUAUUGGAAAGGAACUUAAAAUAAUCAUAGUACCACAUCAUAGUGCAUCAUUACAAGACUCAACGAAUAUUUCCAAAUAAAUUGAGCACAGAUUUACUUUCCUGAAAAAGAACCAAAAGAGUAAACAUCAUUAAUGACACGGAAAAUAAGAAAAGAAAAAUAACUUUAUCAUAAAUUUAGUGAGAUUAAAAUAAUAGCCACUAAUUUUAAUAAAUUAAAAAUAAACAUAAAUGUAAAUAACAGCAUUUAAAAGCUUAUAACAGCAAGUUUCUAUUUUGAAUUUUGUUUCACUUUUGGCUUCAUAGAUCUGACAUAUCUUGGUUAAACCUUUUAUGCUCAAGGAAAAAUUUUGUACAUAACAUUUGUUAGAAGUCUUACUGAUAUGCCACCCAAGGGAGUAUUCACCCAAAACCUAAGUGAAGUUAUGGAAGUGAUAGUGGCCUAUCUGACGAACUAUCUUGUUAAAAUUGAUUGUAAAAAAAGAAUAAAUAAAUAAUUUUUCAGUUCUAAGCCUCGGAAAUGUCAGCUUGAUCUUCCCUUUAGUCAGAUCAUCAAACAUUGCAGAUAUAAAAUCACAACUACUUUUUGAAUUGCCUCCUUCAUGUGUUUGUUUUUUUUUUUCUAAUAUAGGCAGUUUUUUUCUUUGAUAUUCUUUGGGAAUGUGUUCUAUUAAUUAAUCUAGUACCAUUAUAAACACAUUGGAGAUAGUUACAAAAUCAAAAAACCACUAAUCGUGGUAAUGUUACUGCUUCAAAUGAUCCUAAUUUAAUUUUUUAUUUGCGUUCCUGAAAGCAGACAGAUUAAUCCUUUGACUGUGGAUGAGAUACAUGCCUUCCCGUUAAGAGUUUGGUCAAUGGUGCAGACGGGAUAUAUGCCUUCCUACUUGGGCGGUCGCCACUUAAAAAGGUAGGGGCAAAUCCUGUCUUCACCAUUUGACUUGUAGCUUGGUCGGCGCAUUCAUUAAUUCUCUGUAGCUGACUCAGUGGGGUCAUUCCAGAUUCUGACCAUUUGGAAGCUACUAGUUGCAGAUUUAUUCUGAACCCAAGUUAUGUCCUUUCUCUGUUAUUUGUGUCAUAUCCAUGAUCUUAUUUAUAUUCUAUUUAAAUGUUUUAUACAUCAAAUAAAUGAUAAGUUAAUUUCAUAAUUUUUUCUUUUUUUUUAAUUCUGGUUUUGACUGAAAGCUG